UCGCCCUUUGACUUCCGACUUUAAUACCUUGCCUGUGUUGUACAUGCUUGAGCUUUGGACAUCAUACGCGAUUGCACUAAUCCCACAACCUGAGCGAAUUAAAGCACAAUGGCCGACUACAACAAACAGACGGUCGCGCAGCUACGACAGCUGCUGAAGGAUCGAGGUAUACCGAGUACUGGUCUCACGAGGAAAGCGCAGAUUGUCGAGAAGCUCGAGGAAGUAGACAAUGCUGGCACUGGAGCUCCCGAAGCAAGCAAUGCGACCGAGGAUGCUGCACCGAAUGAGCAGGAGCCUGAGCAGGCUGAGGACCAAAGCGCGCAGGAAGAGUCGGUACCCGGUCCUCCACUUGAGGAAGCUGGAGAGCCUGAGCAAACUGCAGCCAAAAUACAGGCCGAAGCUGCGCCAACACCAGUACCUGCGCCGACAGCAGAUCGCUCACCAGAAACGAUCUCUCAUAUCGAAAGCGACAUGCCUCCGCCCAACGACACGAAAGCAAUCGAACAACCGGCUGAGGAUACGACAGCGGAGGAGGAGGUAGGAGACCCACAACCCACACAAGUCUUCAGAGCUGCGCCUGCCGCCCCUGAGGACGAUCAGGUCGAACCGCACAUUACUGAGCCUACAGACGAGGAAGCUGAGGUGGAGACGAAGGACGAGAAAGCAGAUGUGGCACAAGACGCGCUUCCAGAAGCUCCAGGGCCGGCUGCUGAAGCCUUGAGGCUUGCGCGACCACAAUCAGGGCAGCCAAAAGUACAGGACACAGCUAUGGAGGGCGGGACACCCUCGCCUGUGCGAAACGAGCGCAAGACCGUGGAGAAGCCAGAGCUGUUGCCAAUACCAGAAAGAUCAACAGCAGAGACGUCGAGACUUAACACCGAAGAGCUGGAGGCAGACACAAGGAAGAGGAAAAGAAGGAGCAAUUCGCCAGACCUCACAACCAAAGAACUUCUGGCAAAGAAGCCAAGACCAAGUCAGGAUCCAGCUCCAGAAGUACAUCUGAAGGAAGAUGACGACGUCGUGAUGGAGCAGCGAAGACCAGACGAUUCACCCCCAUCACCCAAGCGGGAGAAAAAGGAGAACGUAAGCCGCUAUAAAGACCUUGUGCAACCCAGCUCCAACCAGCCCGCAGAUGCUCUGAACGACGACUGGCCCACCAUCCCAGCGAUCCAUCCCGUAACAUCCGCGCUCUACAUCCGCAACUUCAUGCGUCCGCUGCGCCCCGAGCCGCUCCGCGCACACCUCACAUCUCUCGCCUCACCGCCAUCAUCUUCGCCAGAUUCAUCGAUCAUCACAGCGCUGUUUUUGGACAACAUGAAGACGCACGCGCUCGCUCUUUUCACAUCCACCACUGCCGCAAGCCGUGUGCGCGCCAGCCUACACGGAUCAAUCUGGCCACCUGAAGGCAACAGAAAGGAGCUUUGGGUAGACUUCGUCCCGGGCGACCGAGUAGAAGAGUGGAUAAGGAUCGAAGAAAACGCUUUGGCAUCAGAGAAAGACGCGCGUGCUUCCGGUCGCCCCAUCGCUGGGAAACGCUUUGAAGUUGUCUAUCAGGAAGGGGAAAAUGGUAUCACGGCGGUACAUCAGGAAGUCGGUUCCAGCGCACCUGUCAACGCACCACGCGGCCCACAAGGAAGUAUCGACGACCGUUCCCCAUCUCACCCCGCACCACUCCCCACAGCGCCAACUGAGGAACUCAAGAAAGACACCUCUGCAUCCUUCAAAACCCUGCACGACCUCUUCGACUCUACGACCGCAAAACCACAGCUCUUCUACCUUCCCGUUAGCGAUGCAAUAUCAGAAACUAGACUAAAGGAAUUGGAUACGGAGACAAGUCGAGACUGGGAUCCCGAGGCGGUCAGGAAGGGGAGAGGCAUCCAGAAGGAAGCGAAGUAUAGGUAUACGUUUGAUGAGGAUGAUAGGAUUGUGGAGGCGGGUGAGGAUAGGGGGCCGUGGGCGGAGGAUUUGAGAGGGGGGAGAGGGGGAUUCAGAGGUGGGAGAGGAGGGUGGAGGGGCAGGGGCGGUAGGGGACGGAGAGGUUGA